AUGACAGGAAAAGCAGUUGGCCCAUGGUGUUACCAUUCAUCCGCCCACUUACAACAUCUUCCCCUCUCUAUUCUCUUAUCCACAGCGGCCUUCCUCACCCAAUCAGUUUGUCUAGAUGACACCACAGUCAAGUUUGAGAUCUGGGACACAGCUGGGCAGGAGCGAUACCACAGCUUAGCUCCUAUGUACUACAGGGGUGCCCAAGCUGCAAUUGUGGUUUAUGACAUUACUAAUCAGGAAACUUUUGCCCGAGCAAAGACAUGGGUAAAGGAACUACAGCGACAGGCCAGUCCCAGCAUUGUUAUUGCCCUGGCAGGGAACAAAGCUGACCUAGCCAACAAGCGCAUGGUGGAGUAUGAAGAGGCCCAGGCAUAUGCAGAUGACAACAGCUUAUUGUUUAUGGAGACUUCAGCCAAGACUGCUAUGAAUGUGAAUGAUCUCUUCCUGGCAAUAGCUAAGAAGUUGCCAAAGAGUGAACCCCAGAAUCUGGGGGGUGCAGCAGGCCGAAGCCGGGGUGUGGAUCUCCAUGAACAGUCCCAGCAGAACAAGAGCCAGUGUUGUAGCAACUGAGGGGUGGCUAGCAGCGAACAAGUAUGGAGCUAGCACGAGAGCUAAGAAAUAACCUCCAUCCCCACCCCUCAGCACACAGCCCGUAUGGUAACAGCACACUGAGCCCUGGCUCCCAAGGGCUGCCUCCUGACAGCUCCGUCAUGGCACUUUUUAACGCUUCAGCAACCAACACCAGGCAGCUGUUGCCACUGGCCUCCUACCCCUACUCUGGGGCUUGGGGCUCAACUCCCCCCCAGGACUUACCUCCCAAAACAAACUUUCUUCACUUUGUAUUAUAGGUGCAAGACAGUGACCUACUUAUCUUUCCUCUUUUCCCCAGUGUUCCUCCCCAUUUUUUCAGAAAACACUUUUUUUCUCCUGCCCCUUCACCCUCCUGAUUUGAUCAAUCCCUGUUCUUGAUCCUGUUUUCCUCCUCUCCCCAGGAUGGAGAAGGUGGUGAACCCAAGAACUGAGGAAGGUUUCCAGUUCAGUUACAUUAAAGGGCCUUGGGGGAGAAUAAAGCUCAGAGCAGGAGAAAGUAAGGAAACAUUUCUUUUUUGUUUUUAUUUGGUUGGAAUUUCACAUAUCUGAAAACAUUGCAGUAUCCAUGAGUUAGCCUAUGGAGGGUAUUCCUAGGUAGAGGUGAGAAUGGGGAGGCAAGGUCUCAGGCAUCAGGUGGGAGUGAUGUUGGGUGGGAGUUAUCCCUUAUCCCUGGGUGGUGGUGGAGAGCCAGUGUCAUCUGUGGCUCUGGAAUGCUUCUAAGGCCUAGUUGGCACAAAGCCCUCACCCAGCCUCUUAGGGUAGCUUCUCCCCUGCAGUGGGGAUUGGACCCCAAAGUCCUCCAAAGAAAUCUUCACUGGUUGCCUGUGUCUUUGGCUCUGCUGUGAUACAAUUGGAGGAGGGACCAGUUUCUGAUAUCCGUCCUCUGAUUUAUACAUACACAUUUUCCCCCCUCUGGCCUUUAGAUGGUCUUAGCCCCAGCCACCAUAUCCCCCUGCAGUUUGCACUUUAAUUGAUGGUAAUUCACUUGGGAUACUUGUUUUAUGGUGGUUUUGGUUGAUUGAUUUACCCUCUUACCUUCUUUUUAAUUAAAUGGAAUCUGAGGUAUAUGUGAGGUUUUCAGAGUAGUUAUGGAGAGUACAAGUGGCAGCUACUCAAGCGCAAUCUCCACCUUAGCGUCCUCCACCUCUGAUUCUUAACCUUAUAUUCUUGCCAAUCUAGCUCUUGAGUAUAGGUUUGCCUUUCCCAGAAAUUAACUGAGCAACUAAGGAAUGGUCUCAGAAUAGCACAAGCCAAGGUAAGGGAGUAAAGAGGGGUCAAGCAAAAGGGAAGAGUUACCUACUCUUACCCAGGGUUCACUUUCAAUUUGGUAUCCAUUACCAUGUCUUUUCUACUUCCCUGUAAAUAGGUAUGAUCUUACUCCCACUGUUCUGUUCCCUGCCUCCCAUCAGGCGCUAUUUCUUUUCUCCUUUGUUAAUAUCUUGAGUUUAGUCCCUCCAUUCUUAUCCUCAUUCUGCCCCCACCCCCACCCCACAACCAGUGGUUUAAUUCAUGUACCACUAGGGGCUAGUACCACAAAGUCCUCCUUGUGGCCCCUCACAUGAUGCCACCUGUUCCCAUGGACAGAGAAUGACAAACACUGGAGGUAUUUCACAGCUGUCUCCUAUCAUUAGAGGACCUUGGUCCUUUCUAACUCUCUAGCCCCUCUUUGUGUCCCUCAUCAGGUGUUUUAGGAUGUCUUUGGGAAGCCAUCAAGGCAAGAGAGAACCCUUUUUCCUCUUUGUUCUAGCUCAGUUUGGGGAAAAUUUGGGAAAGAUAAAAGUCACAGUGACCUACAGUUGGAACCUUUCUGCCCUUUUGACUUACAGACUGUCUUCUAUCCCAGAGCAGCUGAGAAACCCCAUGAAGCUGAGAUUCUGAAGGACCCAGCUUAGGUUCUUCCACUUAGGCCUCAAUUCCCUUCCUUUUCCAGGGGCAGCCUUAGUUCCCAUGGCCCUAAAAUACAUAUACAUUUUCCCCUUCCUUUUCCAGAACCCACAACCCUUAUAUGCCCAGUGCAUCUGUUUUACAAGUGGAAGAACUAGGAUGGCUCUCUAAGUCUCUUAGAAAUGAAGUUCUUUGUCUGUGCAGCUUUCCCCGUGGAGCAGGAAUGAAGAUGUUUUGUUGCCCUGGGGCUGGGAAAACAUUUUCCCCGGCUUUUUCUCCCCUCCCCCAUCCCCAUAGGAAUAGGAUUGGCCUUAGAUUCUGGGCCUGUCUGCUGCCUUCCCUCUACUUCCUACCAGCUCUUCUGCCUUCCUUUGAGCUCUGUUAGGCUCGGGGAUCUUCGUUUUUUAUUUCCCAGCGCUUCAUUUUUUUCUUCUGGUCAGGUUUUUAAGGGGGGAAAUACCAUGUUUUUUUGUUUGUUUGUUUUGUUUUUGCUUCUAAGAAAGCAAUUGCCUUUCUUCCUCUCCCAACAUAACAAUCGUGGUAACAAUGCGACUGCUGAUUUACCGAUUUACCGAUGUAUUUAAUGUAAGUAAAAGAAAGAAAAAGUG